AGAUCACUGAUGCUCUCACACAGAAGCCCAACCUGUGAGAAUGUGGCUUUGGCUUUAUCUCCUUCUUUUGAUUUUUGUUGCGUGGACUAUUUGUGACAUAUGAGCCCCCAUGCUGAACUCUGUCCUAUAAGCAGCUUGAACACCAGUGAAGCUCUAGUACACGGGAGGAACAUUUCUUUUUCUCUCUUUUGACUUAAAGACGUCGGCCCCUGAAGAUUAACAUAUAAACAGAGAGAAUCAUCAUUCUGCAAGAUCAAAAACAUGGUUAACACGUUGGUCACGUCACUCUAUGAGGAUUAUUAUACAGAAGAGGAUGAAGGGCUCUGCAACCUCGACCCUGACCCCGUGGAGGUCAUCACCCAAACGUACAUCCAUUCCUUCAUCUGUGCCUUCGGCCUGAUUGGCAACGCCCUUGUGAUCUUCACCUACAUAUUCUACAAAAGAACCAAGACGAUGACAGAUGUCUAUCUCUACAACGUCGCUGUGGCAGACCUGCUCUUCGUGUUAGCUCUGCCGUUUAUCAUAUACAACGAGCAGCACAGUUGGUUCAUGGGCCUUGUGGCUUGCAAGAUUCUGAGGGCAGCCUACAGUGUCAACCUCUACAGUGGCAUGCUCCUGCUCGCGUGCAUUAGUGGCGACCGUUACAUCGCUAUAGUUUGGGCGAGAAAAUCCUUUGGAUCUCGCGCUCGCACCCUGACCUACAGCCGCUUUAUCUGCUCAGCUGUUUGGCUGUUUUCUGUGGUUUUAACACUGCCCACGCUCCUCUACACUGAGCGCUUUGAAGAGCGGAAUCUGCUGAAGACUGAGGGUGUCACUGUGACGUGUCAACCUUCUUUCAGCAAGAAUGAAACCGCAAAGCUAGUGAAGGUGGUGGUUCCCAGCCUUCAAAUGGCCAUCGGCUUCCUGCUGCCUCUGGUGGUGAUGGUGUUCAGCUACUCCAGCAUCGUGUUCACCUUGCUGAAAGCGCAGAGCAGCCAGAGGCACAAGGCCGCCCGGGUGAUUUUGGCAGUUGUUGUGGUUUUCGUCGUGUGCCACCUUCCCUACAAUGUGGCUCUGCUGGACCACACCUUGUCUCUUUUUAAGCAGCGAGGUUGUGAGGCAGAGAGGAUUAAACUCCAGGUUCUGGCCUUUUCCAGGAGCCUAGCCUACCUGCACUGCUGUCUCAAUCCCAUCAUCUAUGCCUUCAUUGGGGUGAAGUUCAGGAGCCACUUCAAGCAAAUAAUAUUGGACCUAUGGUGCUUCAGCAAAAAGUACAUCUACAAUGCUCACUCGUCACGCGGGACAUCAGAUGUUUGCAUCUCGGGCCGCAUGUCUUUAGACGGCUCCAGCAACGUGGCGUCAUUCAGUGCCUGAGGUUCUGAUUAGAAAGGGCUCCAAUCGAGCCGCCUCUCAUCCUUCUUCCCCGAGCUGUUCCGUUGCUGUAGCCACACUGGAGGUGAAAGCAUCUCUGCAAAAUACGCUUAAAUAAAAAAAUGUAGUUUAUUCAAAAUCCAUCGACAUCUCAGC